AUCGCAAACAACACCCGGCAGAGAAAAUGAUCCCACGGCUGUCAUUCUUCUCAUGUGUGCCUCCCUCAGCCAACAUUAUAAUAAAGCAGAAUGCUUUCGUGGCCUCGCCUGUCUUGGCGCUGCCGGUGCAGGAAGAACCAAUUCUCAAGAUUGGCACGGCCGAGUCUCACAUCCGCACAGGCGCGCUUUGUGCAGUGGGGCAACUUCUCAAUAACACCAACAUCUCAACCCACCACCACCGCCAAACUCCGGGGAUAUCUCCCAUGUUAUCAGCACUGAAGUAUCGCCACUGCGGCGCAGGAAUCACCAUCUCAUAGGAAACACCGGUUAAUCUCCUUGAGUCUCAUUCAUACAGGCCUUGCUCUCUCAAGAUGCUGCGCCGACCACCGACAGUCCUCAGUCUCACGGCUGAGGACAUUGCCGCCUACGAGGACAUGCGGGCUCAGAAAGCUUCACUCCAACAGCAGCAGCAUCACCACCAGCACCAGCAACAUAGUAGCGUGCUACACUCCAGACAUCCUAUGCCCCAGCAGCAGCAGCAUCAGUUGCCCCACCAACAGCAAGGCCGUGCCGCGAUGCUGGACACGUCCCCGCGUUCUCCUUCUCCAGUCGGCCUCUCCAGCAGCGCCGACGAGGCCAUGGCCGAUGCCGCAGACAUGACGGUGGACCUUGAUGAUGAGGAAGAUGAAGACGACGAAGACGAUGACCAUGAAGACUCGUACUAUGCACAGAGAAGUCUCCGCAGGGCGGCUGCCAUGGACGACCCUUUCGUAUCCACAAGCCACCACCAACCCUCAUCGCGCGGAGGGGGAGCAUCAUCAUCCGCCUCGACCUCGUCCGCGGCGGCUAUGCAGCCAAGAGUGGCCAGUAGUGCUGGUGGCGGGCCAGGUCGGGCAACGGGCACGGCGCGGACCUUGUUUGCCGGCCAGGCACCACGAGCUUCUCGCCUGCAGCGGAUCACGGGGGCUGCAGAUGGUGGUGCGGCGGCGGGGGGUACCGGAUCUGGUCGUGGUGUUCCCGCCGGAUCACAGCAAGGAGCGACUCGAGCAACCGCAGCGACGACGGCGCGACAGGCAAGCAUCGAGCCCCCCGGCGCGCCGAGUCGGUUGACUCGCAGCCGUGAAGAGCGCAUCGGGAUCGCUCAGCCCCAACUGCAGGGCGGAGCAGCGGGACUGGGAUCACUAGGUGGCAAUCCGGCGGGCGGUGCAGCUUCGGGCACGCGGCGAAGGUAGAGUCUUCGCUUAAGGGCGCUGCGGCGAGGAGGCACAGGCUAGGAAUGGCACCCAGCGCGGACAGCAGCAGUCGGAGGAGACUGCCU